CACCCCAGUCACGCGACGGCCAAAUUCUGGCCGUCAGCCCGUCACAUGAACCCGGCGCCCGUGCCUUUGUUGUUUGGGGGGGGCAAAGCGCUCGCUGCUGCUGCCCACGCAGAGCUUAGGGUUUGCGAAUUCGCGGAGGAGCCGCGGUGGGAGGGCGUCGCCGUGGCCGGUGGCAGCGCGCUCUCUUUUAGGGUUUUUUGCGCUCGGCCAUGGAGCUAUGAGGAAGAAUUCGUCGUGUGCGGGGCCAGGAAUGCAUGCGUGGGGGCGCAUUUCGCGCGACUAGGGGCAAUCCAUGGGUGAUUUAGCGCGUUGCAAGACGCAAUUGGCCUCAUUUCGAAUCAAGGAGCUCAAGGAUGUUCUCACCAGGCUCGGGCUUCCCAAGCAGGGGAAGAAACAGGUUCUUAUGGACAAAGUUCUCGCGGUGCUUGUUCCUUCCGAGUGGCAGCAACACCCAGUCCAAAAAGGUUUCAAGCCUGACGGAAAUAGAAGCUCUAUCGCAGCGCAAGUUAUAGAUGACAUCUAUAGGAAGUUGCGGGGAUCGGGAGCUGUGGAGUUGGCUUCCGGACACAGGAAUUUCUCCGGUGCUGUGUCUGUGAGUGCCGGUCGAUCGGAUGAACCGGAUGAAACUGAGAAUCGAUGUCCGUGUGGGAGUUCGCUGGAUACUGGAACUAUGAUCCAGUGUGACAACCAAGCCUGCAAAGUGUGGCAGCACCUUAACUGCGUGGUGAUUCCUGAGAAUGCAGCCGAGGGUGUCGAGCCCGAUGUUCCAUCGCAAUUCUACUGUGAAAUUUGCAGGAUUAAUUAUGGAGAUCCUUUUUGUGUUACGUUAUCGCAACCGUUGCCUGCAGCUAAGUUUUACGCUCCAGCGGCUCUUCAGAUGGAAGGGGCGUCUCCUUUGCAUUCCCUGGAGAAGACUUUUAUUUUAUCAAAGGCUGAUCGAGAAAACCUGCAUAAACCAAACCACGACCUUCAGGUGUGGUGUCUUCUCCUCAAUGACAAAGUUCCGUUUCGAAUGCACUGGCCAGACUGUGCGGAGCUUCGCGUCAAUGGUGUCGUUGUCAGGGUAACUACAAGAGCCGCGAAGCAGUUGCUUGGUGCAAAUGGCCGAGAUGACGGUCCAGGGAUAACUGCCUGUACCAGAGAGGGCACGAACAGGAUCUCGCUGUCAGCGUGUGAUGCCCGGCCUUUUUGUAUGGGCGUUCGCAUCAUUCGUCGCCUUAGUGUCGAGCAGGUGAUGAGUUUGAUCCCGAGUGCUGCCCGUGGCGAAUCUUUCGAGGAGGCCCUGGCUCGUGUCCGUCGUUGUAUAGAUGGCGGUGCAAGCGAUGCCGGCGAUGACGAUGAUAGCGAUCUUGAAGUUGUUGCCGACUCCGUGACUAUGAAUUUGAGUUGUCCUAUGAGUGGUUCUCGGAUACAUAUCGCUGGCCGCUUUAAACCAUGUGCUCAUAUGGGCGGCUUCGACUUGAAGACAUUUGUUGAGCUUAAUCAAAGAGCACGAAAGUGGCAAUGUCCUGUGUGUAUGAAGAAUUACUCUCUUGAUCAGCUCAUCAUUGAUCCUUUUUUCAAUCGCAUCACUCAUGCGAUGAAAGACUAUGGAGAGGACAUCAAGGAAGUGGAACUUAAGGCUGAUGGUUCGUGGCGGCCAAAGCUUGAAGGCGAGACAGUGUCCAGACAACCAUGGCGAAGUCCGGAUGGCACACCGGUGCUAGCAAACGGCUUCCACAAGGCUACAGUGAAACAAGAGGAGGGCGUGUCUCAAGGAAGACCACCGUUAAAGAUUGGCAUGAAGAGAGCACACGACGGUAGCUGGGCCGUGCUGAGACCGUCUGGCGGGGCCAUCCCCAAGCCGAAGGAGCCGUCCUACUCACGUAGCACCAGCGCCACGGACACAAACAACGAGGACGACGAAAGAAGCGUGAACCAGGAACCAUACUCCAAAGACUACACGGGAGACAACGAGGCGGGCUUGCGGGCUGGAGGAGGCCUGGCUAUCAACGCGUGGAAGAAGAGCAAGGCCACACUCGUAGAUGAAGCUCCUGCCAGUGCCGGAGAUGUAAUAGUUCUUAGUGAUUCGGAUGAAGAGUCGGGCUCGCCUGGUGGACCUUACAACAAUGGCAAGCAGCAGCACAACGGUGGUGCCGCUCCUUCAAGCAGCUAUGGUGGCAGUGGGAAGAACAAGGAUAGACUAGCUAACGGGGCUACAGGUGGAGCUCGAGGACGACAUAGCUCCUCGAGACACACAGGCUCAGAUGGUGGUGGUGGUGGCGGCGGCAUGGGAAUGCCGCUCGAGAGCUCGCUAUGGUCGCAGCCAUCGCAGGAAGUUCCUUACAGUUUUUUUGACGCUGCCGGUCCCGCGCGGCAAGCCAAAAACUCGGAGCUCGACUUCGCGUACCAAGCUUACGAGAUGGACGAAGAUGGUGGCGGCGACGAUACGGGGCCAUCAAAGUCGGGCUUUCGGCUGUUUCUGCCGCCACAGCCGGCGAGGGAGCAGCGGCAGACGUUGCAAAAUCCGGCGAUCUCUCCUGGUGAGCAGCUGGAUGAAGAUUGGUUCUCGCUGAGCCUUGGUGGUGGUGACAACGUUCUCAACGCCGCCAACGAUAACACUGGACUAGGCCUUCCAUUGUCUUCUUCUCGUGAGUAUACCAGGCCAGCAAGGGAGCGCCUGGAUUCACUUGCAAACACAGCGACGGUUCUUCUCGGUCUAAACAACAAUAAUGGAGCUGGUCAUUCGCGAAGGAACCAGCACUUAUCUCGACAACGUAGCUACUUUCGAGCUGAAUCCCAGUCCGAGUGAAGAUGGAGUGGAAGGUUUCGCCGCGUCGAUCGAGCUCAUCAGAGAGAAAGACGCCAAGUCGUGUUUUUCUCCAUCGAUCGAGCGAGGUAAGAGAGGCUUCUUCCCUUUUGUGCCACUGUAAACUACACCUCCCCUCUUGUGAUUGUAGAUAUUUUUGCAAGCUGCUGCGGCAUGCAAGCUAACGGCACAUAAUCAAUGAAAACUAUUCUUUUUU